AUGCAGGCACCCACAUCCAAUCAACGAAAACCCAUCAAAGACCUGACUAAAGUGUUCCACUACACAGACACCAUGACUCGGAAGCCUACCCGCGACAAUGAUCCAUACGAAUACAUGGCUGGGUUUGGGAACCGCUUUCAGUCAGAGGUCAUCCCAGGGACCUUACCAGCUGGUCAAAAUAACCCACAAGAGCCGCGCAGCUGCACACAGUAUGUAUUCCUCUCUGUUUUCAUGCCGAACCGAUCAUAUGAACACAAAUCAGACAUCGAGAACUGCUUCCUUACACUCAAUCCUAAGGUGAUAACGCUUGCUGGUCAGACUGAAUGGGCACCGUUUCCUCUUCCCAACGAUGACGAGAAGAUUGACUUUGUAGAUGGUUUGCACACCCUUGGGGGAAGUGGAGAUCCAAAUCUGCGAGAAGGCAUUGCACUCUAUGUCUUCAUGAUAAAUGCAAAUAUGGACCACCGAGCAUAUUGUAAUACGGACGGUGACUUUCUAAUCGUGGCUCAACAAGGAAUCCUCGACAUACAAACGGAGAUGGGGAUGCUGUUCCUGGAACCAGGUGAAAUCUGUGUGGUCCCGCGUGGAAUUCGCUUCGCUGUCUGCCUAGGUCACGAGCAUGAUGUGGCUCGUGGGUACAUCAUCGAGGUAUGGGGUUCUCGCUGGGAGUUACCUGAUUUGGGUCCCUUGGGUGGUCAUGGACUAGCAAAUCCACGAGACUUUCUCCACCCUGUAGCCCACAUUGACGAGAACCUCCAUGAAGACUGGGAGGUUGUCAACAAGGCAAAUGGUCGAUAUAGCAUCAUUGAGCAGGAUCACAGUCCUUUUGAUUUGGUAGCAUGGCAUGGAAAUGUCGUUCCCUACAAGUACGAUCUGACCAAAUUCGCGUCCCAAAAUGCAACCUCUAUCGAUCACACCGACCCGUCCGUGAAUUGCGUACUGACUGCCCCAUCUAGAGAUCCAGUCACGCCAUUAGCUGACUUUCUAUGGUUUGGGCCACGAUGGGAUGUGGCGUCCAACACGUUUCGUCCUCCGUAUUUUCACCGUAACUCGGCAACAGAGUUUCUUGCGUGUCUGUAUGGAAGCGGACUCGGACGCUCUGAGGUCAGCCAUACACCACAUGGCAACUUCAGCGAUGACUAUGUGCGUGAAAUACGCAACCAGAUGAACGAUCCACGGAGAGUUUUAGAAAAUCAAAUGACUUUCAUGGUCGAAAGUAGCCGAUCUCUCCUGUUCACCGAGUAUGCGCGAAGUGGCUGUGGAACAUUCAAGAACCGAGGUCCACAUCCUAAAGUAUGGGAUGCUUUACCUGACAAAUUCUCUACGUACCCAAACAUCAAGAAAAUUCUCAGUCAAGUCAAGUCCAAUAAAGAAGCAUGGAAGAAGCAGCUAGAAGCGUGUUAUGAUGAUGAUUGGCUGGCAGAAAUGUACAAGGACCACGACAAAGCUUAG